AUGCCCCAAAACAGGUCGGGAGAGACUCUCGAGAAGAAUGAAAAGUUAAAACCCAGCAGCCAGGGGCCUACGAGGCUGAGAAAGCAGGGAGAUCGGGUGGCUGGGCAGCCCCGAAGCCAGUCGAAGAGCCCGAGGCGGCCGGGGAAAGCUGGAACACACCCAGAACGUAUUCCCUGCGCCAGUCCGGGCCGGCGCCCCCCAGCCCCCAGCCCCCAGCCCCUCCUCCACAGAAUGCAAUUAAACUUUACCCUCCUUCAGACGCGAUGCUUAAAGCCAAACCUCCACGGCCAACUGGCGUUAAUCACUCCAAAAAUCUCAUUUAAGAAUUGCAAGCAACCUCUUCUGUGCACUACAGUAGCCAGGAGUAACCAAUUCCCUCCCCCGUCAGGAGUUCGAGCACCGGCGUCACUUAGGCCGGUAUGGGGGUGGGUGCUGGGCUCUAACCUCCCCCUAAAAAUGAGUAGGAAAGGGAAUUGCUUCUUCAAAGGAGAACCUCGCGGCGUGGGUGGACUAUUCGCGAGAAAACGCUCGGGGUCCGUGUCCUCGGGCACUGUCAUUGAAACUCCCCCCUUUACACGCAUUUCUGGGGGAGGGGGUGGGGGGCCGGGGAUGCGGGAAGGACGUGUUUAUUUAACGCACAAGAUGCCCACAGCCAUCGAGCCUCGGCGGACCCGGGGUCACUUCCCCUCCCGAAGACACAACUUUUCACUUUUUCUUAGGGGGGGCCUGGCUCGCCCCCUCCUCUGGGGUCUCCACGUCCCCGCCCCCCCUUGGCCCCUCCCCGCCUCCAUCCCCGCACCGCGGCGCACACACCACGGCCGGCCCAGCCUAGAAGGCCCGCGGCCUCCCUCGGCCCCGCUCGGCUGCUCGGCGCUCCUCCAACCCUGGGGUGCCUCCGCCGGCUCCCAGGCUUCCCUUUCCGGGCCGCCUCGGGCCUCCCAGUGCUCCUUUCCCCCCCAUUUCCGGACCCCCCCACCUGCACUUCCGGCCCCCCACUACUCACUUCCUACACCCCUUCGGAUGCCUGAACCCCCAUUUCGGGCUCCCCGUUCUCCUAGUCGUCUUCCCCCCCACACACACACACCCCCUUUUACUGCCUCCAAAGGACCCUCAUUUCCGGGGGCGGGGGGAGCUCACUACCCCACUCUCAUCCCCCUCCCCUGGCCAAACCCCUACCCCCGAAUCCCAAACCUCUCCAAUUCACGUCUCCACAGUGCAGCUUCCCCCCUACCGCGGGCCUGGCCGCAUUUGGCCCCGGCGCCCCCGGGCCCGAGCCCGGCAUCCAGCAGGCCCGAGAAGGGGCCGAACGGAGGCGAUGACACGACAAGGCUCCCGGGGAUUUUCUGCGACCCCUACUCCCCCCUCAGUCGCCAGCGCCCCCUCCCUCCCCCCCCCAGCUGCGGUGGGCCUCCCGGCCCGGCCCCGGCAGGCGCGUCUCAGUUACCUAGUUCGGCCCCGAGUCUCCGCUCCGGACUCCGUGGCGCGGCACGGCGGUGGCGGCGGCGGCGGAUCCUCCGGUCCCUUCAAUUAUCAGCUGAGCCGCAGCACCGCGCCGACCGUCCCCCUCCGCCUUCACCUCCCUCCCUCCCCCUCCCCGCCCCCCCACCCGUUCUAACACUGGCGAGGAACUACUUUACUCUCCUCGCCAGGGGCAUCUCCGCGGGACAGGCCCCACUGCCCGACCCGCGGCACAUCACAUAUUACCCCCCCUACCCCUCCACCACCCAACCCCCGUUUCCCGUCCCCCCCCCCCGACCGCUUUCAGAUCUCCCGAUCCCUACGAGGGACCAGGAAGGUGUAUGUGUAGGCUUCUAUUGGUAUCCCUCCGCCGGGGUCACCCCCUCCACCCCCACUCCCGUCUCUUUUUUGGUAGCAGGAACUAAUUCCCCUUUGGGUCCAUGGGGUCCCCAGGGUAUAAACUGCAUGGAUGUGGUUUGGACUAGGCCUCUCAGAGGAUACGGGGUUGCCUGGAGCACGUUAAAUUGGAAGCCCUCUAGACCUUAA